CGGGCUGGUGCCUAGACGGGCCCCUGCUCUCCUUCGGGUUGUCCCAACAGCUUCCGGACCGACGGUGUUCCCGGAGCGGCUGCUGCGGGGGCGAUGUCUCACCGGGCUCUGCGGCGGCUGCGGGGCGAGUGGCGCGGCCAGGGACUGCUGGGCGAGGAGCCGGAGGCGCGGGGCAGCGGCGAGGACGAGGACGAGGAGGUCGCGGGGGACCAGCUGCCGCCCCUGUGCGGCGGCGGGGGGCGGCGGCGGGGCCCGCGGAGGGAGCCCUUGGAGCGGGUGGCGAACCCCUUUGAGCUGAUAAACACCGAAGGACUGGAUGAGGACCUGGUAUCUAAAGAGGAGACUGAUGACUCCCGAUUGCAGGAAGGAGGCAACCCUACAACUGAAGAGGCUGAACCUGAAUGGCCGGAGAGUGACAAGAGGGGGGAGGGGGGAGAGGUGGAACAGCUAGACCAAAUGUCUACUGCAAACAACAAAUCACGAAAGAAAAAGAAGAAAAGAAAGAAUAAGAAGAAUCCUUCAGGCGAGGCUCUGUUCCUUGGAGAUGAUGACCAGGUGGAAAAUAUUGAAAGCAUUUUGCUGAGCAUUGAGAGUUCCAAUGGGCCCCCAUGCCAGAGCCAGAGCAGGCUGGUCACCGACAAUCGGCCUCUCCUUUACGUCGAACACAGGAGCCUGAAUCCAGAGAUGGAGCUGAAGAGAUACUUCGGAGCCCGGGCGGUUCUGGGAGAUCAGAGGCCAAGGCAGAGGCAGCGCCAGUAUGUACGCAGCACAUGGUUGACAGCACCCAAGGACACCUGGCCACGUCAUAGCAGAACAGGUAUAUCCAUGGUCCUUUUAGAAACAAGGCAUAGAGAGCAACACUUCGCCUUUGAGCACAGCCGGGAGUACCAGCUGGUGCAGUUCAAAUUCUUGGAUGCCGUGGAGUCGAUGGACCCAAACAAUCUUGUGCUGCUGCUCCAGAUGAAUCCUUACCACGUGGACUCGCUCCUGCAGCUCAGUGACGUGUGCCGGAUGCAGGAAGACCACGAGAUGGCCAGGGACCUGAUUGAGAGAGCCCUCUACACCCUGGAGUGCGCCUUCCACCCCGUGUUCAGCCUCACCAGCGGCACCUGCAGGCUGGACUACCGCCACCCGGAGAACAGAGCCUUCCACCUGGCCCUCUUCAAGCACCUGCUCUUCCUGGAGAGGAGGGGCUGUCCCCGGACUGCCCUGGAAGUCUGCAAACUCCUCUUGAGCCUCGACCCAGAGAAUGACCCGCUCUGCAUGCUGCUCCUGGUGGAUCUGCUGUCGCUGCGAGCGAGAGAGUACACCUUCCUCACACGCCUGUUCCAGGAAUGGGAGGGUCAUCGGAAUCUGAGCCAGCUGCCCAAUUUUGCCUUCUCGGUCCCUCUGGCUUAUUUCUUUCUGAGCCAGCAGGACGAGCUCUCGGAGGCAGAGCAGAGCCGAGCCCGGGAGCAAGCGGACGGCCUCAUCCAGCAGGCCCUGAUCAUGUUCCCCAGUGCCCUGAUGCCCCUCCUGGACCGGUGCAGCGUGCAGCCCGACCCCGUGGUGGCCUCCCAUGCCUUCUUCGGACUGGAAGCCCAGUUGAGCUGGCUGGAGACCAAUGUCCACCAGGUGCUGCGGGUGGUGGAUGCCAAGGAGCCCGUCCUGGAGGAGGCAGAACAAAAGCGAAAGGCCAGGUACCAAAACGCGCCCCGGAACGUCUACCGCCACGUGAUCCUCUCGGAGAUCAGGGAAGCCACGGCCGCCUUGCCUCCGGAAGUGACCGCCCAGCCCAUCAUGGGGUUCGACCCUCUGCCACCCCUGGACUCGCGGGCUUCCUACUCGAGGCCCGAAAGGGCGGCUCCUCCAGCCAACGAAAGCACCUUAUCCCUCUUCUUUCGCUCCCUGCUGCCAAACUUCAACUUGCAGGGGGACGUUCGCGCCGGAGGAGAAGCCGAGCCGGGUGCCGGGCAGAACCUCAACCAGGGAGUGAACCGGCUGAUGGCGGCCAUGCGGGACAUGCUGGCCAACAUCCAGUUCCAAGAACCCCCCCAAGAUGACAACCCCGAGGGCGAUGGGGGAGACUGGGACUGAAUCCUGGCGCCCCUCCCCCACCCCCACCCCAAUAAGCAGGUAGAAGCACCUGGAGCAGCCCCUGUUCUUCACCUCUGCACGCACCUCUCCGUCUUCCCCAUCAGGAAGGGAGGACCAGCGCAGGACAGCAUUUUGGAAGGGAAACUUCACUUUUUAAUUAAUAAAAGUUGGGAAAAU